CCCGCGUCGCCCGGACGGUCUCGUGCAGGCGGCUGCGGACGCUGGUGGCCGCGGGAGCUGCAAGAGACCCGUGCACUGCGGGGACUCAAGGUCGGCCAGGGAACAGCGACCUGCCUUCCCCAGCAGCCAGGUUGUGCUGGGCAAGAUGGGGCCCGGCUCUCCGCGCGCGCUCGUCCUUCUCCUGCUGCUCCUCGCCCGCCCCGGAGCGCGGGCUUCCCAGAGCUGUCUCAACAAACAGCAGCUCCUGACAACCAUCCGCCAGCUGCAGCAGCUGCUGAAGGGCCAGGAGACCCGCUUCGCUGAAGGCAUCAGAAACAUGAAGAGUCGGCUGGCUGCGCUGCAAAACACUGUCAGCAAAGUGGCCCCAGAUGCACCUCCAGUUUCCUGCCCCGCUCUGGACGCCCCUCCUGAUGGCAAGAAGUUCGGAAGCAAGUACUUGGUGGACCAUGAAGUCCAUUUUACCUGCAACCCUGGGUUCCGGCUGGUUGGUCCCAGCAGUGUGGUGUGUCUUGCUAACGGCACCUGGACUGGAGAAAAGCCCCAUUGCAGAGACAUCAGGGCGUGCUCCAGCCAGCCUUGUCACAACGGUGGGACGUGUGUGGAAGGAGACCAGUACAGAUGCAUCUGUCCUUCAGGAAGAACUGGGAACCGCUGUCAGCAUCAGACCCAGGCUGCGGCCCCCGAGGGCGGCGUGGCCGGCGAUGCCGCCUUCAGCCGCGGCGCACGCGCUGCGGCGCACCGCGCGCCGCGCUGCGCGCAGGUGGAGCAGGAGCAGCACUGCAGCUGCGAGGCGGGAUUCCACUUGAGCACCGCGGGCAGUGACAGCGUCUGCCAGGAUGUGAAUGAGUGUGAGAUCUAUGGGCAGGAAGGACGCCCCCGGCUCUGCAUGCACGCCUGUGUGAACACCCCUGGCUCUUACCGCUGUACCUGCCCCAGCGGAUACCGGAUCCUGACUGAUGGGAAGAGCUGUGAGGAUGUUGAUGAGUGUGUGGGUCCACAGCCCAUGUGCCCCCAAGGGACCACAUGCAUCAAUACUGGAGGAAGUUUCCAAUGUGUCAGCCCCGAGUGCCCCGAGGGCAGCGGCAACGUAAGCUAUGUGAAGACAUCUCCCUUCCAGUGUGAGCGAAGCCCCUGUCCCAUGGAUAGCAGGCCAUGUCGCCACCUGCCGAAGACCAUCUCCUUCCAUUACCUCUCUCUACCUUCCAACCUGAAGACACCCAUCACGCUCUUCCGCAUGGCCACAGCCUCAGUUCCUGGCCAUCCUGGGCCCAACAGCCUGCGCUUUGGAAUUGUGGGUGGGAACAGCCGUGGCCACUUCGUAAUGCAGCGCUCAGACCGACAGACAGGGGAGCUCAUCCUUACACAGACCCUGGAGGGGCCUCAGACUCUGGAGGUAGAUGUUGACAUGUCAGAGUACCUGGAACGCUCCUUCCAGGCCAACCAUGUAUCCAAGGUCACCAUCUUUGUGUCUCGCUAUGACUUCUAAGGAUGCCAUGACAGUCGGGGGACUGAGAUUUGAGAUCUGGGCUGAUUUCUCUUUCCCAAGGACACAACUGUAGGCAAGAGCUGCGAUGGUCAUUUCUCCUCUCUGUCAGGCUCCCAUCCACUUGGCCUGUUCACCCAGACUUUUAGAGCAAUGUACUGUGCUCUGUCUCACAUGCUGGCACAGGGAAGCCAGAAAACAAACGCUGUACCACCAUCACACUUUUUUCCCCCUCUGCUUUAAGCCCCACUGUAGUUACCCACUUUGGAGACAGAACAGAAUCUCAGAAUGCUGUGUGAAUGACUGUGUGAGUCUGAAAUGAGCUGAGGUGGGGGAGGAGCUCCUGGUGCGUGUCUGAGACAAUGGCCAACUGUUCUGCGUUGAGGUUGCCAAGCUUGUUCUGACUGAAUCUGUUCUCGCUCUGUUAAUGGUCUAAUACUCCUGUGAGCCUUCUUCUCAGGGGUCAAUAAGAGAGAGAGCCUGGUAACCCCAAGUGGAUCCUUCUAGAUCAAGGAGUCAACAUUAAAUCAUGGAUUCUGCCAGGUUUCUUCACUUUACAGAAAACAUGUCUCAAAAACAUGACCCAGUAUUAUGGCUGUGGAAAUAGAGCCUGCUCCUGUCUGCCCAUCUGACUUCUCCCUGAGCUGGAGAGGGCCUUCUAGGAAGGAAUAGCUCUCUUCCUGCCCAGCUUGGACGUAGAGGGACAAGAGAGUAAGAGAGGCAAUGUUUAAGAUUGCACCUUUAGUUGGCAAUCUCCAUCAGUACGGGUUGGUCACAUGGGAGACUGGUAAGAACGGCAUCUGGCCACGGAAUGUUUAGAAUACCCCAAUUGUCUUUCAUUUCAUGGCUUUCUUCUUCUUCUUCUUCUUCUUCUUCUUCUUCUUCUUCUUCUUCUUCUUCUUCUUCUUCUUCUUCUUCUUCUUCUUCUUCUUCUUCUUCUGCUGCUGCUGCUGCUGCUAGAAGAACCAAGAGGUGAUGACUUCCAGAUGAAUGAAGCCCUGAGAAGUUUCCAGAAAACUCUGUGCAGCGCUGAGAAGUGGGUGGGGUGGGGAACCAUUCCAAGUAAAAAUUUAAAACUAGAUGGGUUGAGAGGCUUUCCGAUGUCCAAAUACACAUCGAUCUACUGGUAAUAUUGCCUUAUAUACAUUUUAUUUAAAAGAUAUUUCUAGAGGCUAAGACAGGCGGAUCGUGAGUUUGAGGGCAGUCUGGAUGACAUAGUGGGACUAUGUCUCAAACAAAACAAGGCAGGAAGAGGAGCAGAGGGGGGCUCAGUUGGGAAGGUUGUUGUCUAGCAUGCACGAGGCCCCAAGUUCAUUUUCUGGUUGUGCAUAUCUUGGCUACAUAGCCAGUUUGAGACAGGCCUGGACUACACAAGACCCUGUAUCAAGCAGAAACAGAAGGAAGGACGCCAGCUCCCCAUUUCCCAUCUAAAUCUUCGUGUUUGUUCAGCUAGGAAGCUGAACUAGGUGCCCCUAGUUUAGUGAUAAGUCUAGUAUGCAGCUCCUAGGAGAGCUUGUCCCUGGCCUCUUCUGUGAGACAAAGACGGAGACUCGUCCCAUGGCUUCAGCGGCGGUCUCUAAUGACAGGACAAGGGCCUGACGAUGCUUUUCCAGGUCCUUAUGUGACUCAUUAAAACAUUAUCCAGAGUCUUGUGUCUCCAGUGAAUGGUAGUGUGAUGGUUUAUGAUGGCGACUCUGGUGUCCAACAGGCCUUGUGCUCAGUGGUACUUUUCUCCACCGAGAUGUGUCAUCGGCAAAGCGCCUCUCACUUAGUGCCUACCUGCCUGCCUCAGACUCUGUCGUGUGGAUUAUACUUAGGACCUUCCUCCUCUUCUCUCCUGUCAGUCAGCUUUCUGUUACUGUAACUAAGUAGCUGCGACAAUCCACUCACGAAGAGAAAAAAGGUUUAUUUUUGCUCUCAGAUCUGCUGGCUCUCUUGUUUUGGGGGCCAUGACAAUGGCAGGAGGCAGAGCAAAGCCUGUUCACCUCAUGGCUGGGGGUAAAGACAGCAGAAGACCUUGUCUCACAAUCUACUUCAAUAGCAUGCCCUCCCAUUAGACCCUCCCACUCCCCGAUACUUCCAAACACAUGGGAUUUCGGGGAGCCAUUCUGGAUCCAAACUGCAGCAAAGCUCUCCUGUUACUUUGAGAGAUCUGCUUCUGGGUCUUCUUAAGGCUGCAGUCUGUGUUAAGUCGGUGUGACUGGCUGUCAGUGUGUAUUAGUUUACAUGUUUCUCUGAGUAAUAACGGAUCCAAGGACUGAAAAUGCACAAACUAGAAUAGCAUAAGGAACCCCAUAUGUCAUCAUCAGCUCCAACCCUCAGCGCCUGCCAAUCACCUCCUCCUCCUCCACAUGAUGACUUUGAAGGAGGCCCUAGAUGUGAUAUCAUUCCAUCUGUAUUUCAUCCUCUACAGCCUGACCCCAACAUUAUCCACAUUCAAUGUUAUCUAGAAGUUCAACAGCAGGGCUCACAGGAUGGCUCAGCAGGAAAAGGUGUUAGCUACUGAGACUGACAGCCUGUCUUCAAUCGCCAGGACCUACAUGGUGGAAGAAGAGAAUCAACUCUCACAAGCUGUCCUGCGAUCCCUCCAUUGUGCUGUGUCCACUCACAUCCAUAUUCAUUGCAAAUAAAUAAACAAGUAAAUAAUAUAAUUAAAAAACAAAUUUAACAAUGGUU